AUGACGCUCAAACUGGGUUUCGUUAUUACCCAAGCGGAAGACGACCGCACGCCGCGUUGGGCAGUCCUUGUUCACCGAGGGAAAUACAAGAAACCUGACGGUCCUUGCGAAGUCUAUUGGAUGGAAGAUAGCGAACCUCCGAAUGGCUUUAAAUGGACCCGCAGACAUGAAACGUGUACCCUCGAGAAUAUUCCCAACCUGAUCGGUGUGCUGCAUAUUGACGAUUUGUCCGUCUCCAUCCCCAUCGACGCACUGCAUAAAAUCAUUGCUCUUGAAUGCCCGGCAGAGAGGGACGGAUGGAAUCCGGCGAUGAUGAUCUGGGGCAGGACGGCCUGGGCCCUGCGCGUUAUCUACUACCUGCGCGACAACACCAACGUCCGGUUUAGGUUACCGUGGAGGUGCCGUGAUAUUUACAUGAAUGCAAGGGAGCGGAUAGAGAUCCAGAAUGGGAUACGAAGAUGGUAUGACCGAGCGCAACUGUUUCAAACCCGUAGGAGGAAGCUGGGCGGGUUCGGCGUCAUCUAG